CGCCCUUCAGGUUGCCCCUUUAAGUGACAGCUGCUUGCAAAGUUCCAGCCACUUCUCCUUGCUGCCGGGGCUUGACGUCAGCGCGGCUUUCCCGAACUGCUGCUGCUGCUGCCUGGGGCUGGGAGUUGCUGCUGCUCAGGCACAGCGGGGAGGCAGCGGCGGGCAGAGGCAGGGCUGUUCAUGCUGAGAAGGAGCUGGUCCCGCACACCGCCCCUCGCGCUCCUGCGGACUGCGCGGCACGAUAAAGGGGCUGCAGCUGCUGGACACAGCGCCUUGGGAAAGCCCUCCAGCUGGGGCGCAGGGACUGGUACCUUCUUUGGGGGCAGGGAGCGGGGCCCAAGCCUGCGAAGACGCUUCCAAGGGAGGGGAGCACCGAGGAGAGCUCCGGAUGGGGCAGUGAGGGGGAGAGGGCGCGCCCCGGGGAAGUUCCCUGCAGCUGGGGCACAGAGCCGGGCGCACACGUGGGCCGAGCCCUCCAGCCGCGCGGAGCCCGCCGGCCUGAGCAGACGCGCGCCGUCCGGGCUAGGGGGGCUUGGAGACGCUCCCUCCGUCCAUUGCAGCCAUGGCUUUGAAGGACACGGGCGGCGGCAGCAGUAGCAUCCUACCCAUCAGUGACAUGGGGUCCUCCUCCGCCGCGCCGUCCUGCUCGCCCUUCCCCGAGGUGGUGGAGCUGAACGUGGGCGGCCAGGUGUAUGUGACCAAGCACUCCACGCUGCUCAGCGUCCCGGACAGCACCCUGGCCAGCAUGUUCUCCCCGCGCCGGGGCAGCCAGGCGGCCGCCAGGGAGCUGCCCAGGGACAGCCGGGCGCGCUUCUUCAUCGACCGCGACGGCUUCCUCUUCAGGUACGUGCUGGAUUAUCUGCGGGACAAGCAGCUGGCCCUGCCUGAGCACUUCCCGGAGAAGGAGCGGCUGCUGCGGGAGGCCGAGUUCUUCCAGCUGGGGGAGCUGGUCAAGCUGCUCUCCCCCAAGGUCACCAAGCAGGGCUCGCUCAACGACGAGGGCUGCCAGAGCGACCUGGAGGACAGCACCUCGCAGGGCAGCGGCGACCUCCUGCUGCGGGCGGCGGCCGGGGCCGCUCUGGAGAAGCGCUCGGGCUUCCUCACCGUGGGCUACCGGGGCUCGUACACCACGGUGCGGGAGAACCAGGCGGACGCCAAGUUCCGCAGGGUGGCCCGGAUUAUGGUGUGCGGCAGGAUAGCGCUGGCCAAGGAGGUGUUCGGGGAGACGCUCAACGAGAGUCGGGACCCCGACCGGCCCCCGGAGAAAUACACCUCCCGCUUCUACCUCAAGUUCACCUACCUGGAGCAGGCGUUUGACCGGCUCUCGGAGGCCGGCUUCCACAUGGUAGCUUGUAACUCCACCGGCACCGCCGCCUUCAUCAACCAGUACAGGGAGGACAAGAUCUGGAGCAGCUACACCGAGUACAUCUUCUACAGACCACCUCAGAGAACAGUGUCUCCCAAACAGGAACAUGAAGAAAGGAAGCAUGACAAAGUCACAGACAAAGGAAGCGAAAGUGGGACUUCCUGCAAUGAGUUGUCCACCUCUAGUUGUGACAGCCAUUCAGAGGCUAGCACCCCUCAAGAAAAUGCUGCUAGCACCCAACAAUCAACAGCACACCAGCCAAAUACUCUAACUUUGGAUCGUCCAUCAAAGAAGGCCCCAUUGCAGUGGAUGCCACCUCCAGACAAACGCAGGAACAGUGAACUCUUUCAAACUCUCAUUAGCAAGUCUAGAGAAACAAAUCUUUCUAAAAAGAAGGUAUGUGAGAAGCUGAGUGUUGAAGAAGAAAUGAAAAAAUGUAUUCAAGAUUUUAAAAAAAUCCAUAUUCCAGAUUACUUUCCAGAGCGCAAACGGCCAUGGCAGUCUGAACUCUUACAAAAAUAUGGGUUAUAGUUAAUUGCCUCCCUCAUGAAGUAUCUCUGGUGCAUUUGAUGUUUAUUAAAGUUGCCACUAUCCUACUGCUGUCCUCCUUAUGGUCCACUCUGCAGUCAGAGUGAUUCCUGCUGCUUAUUUCUUUCUGUGAACAGUGGAUGUUGGAUAGUUCAUGGUUUCUUAAAAAAAAAAAA